GCUCUGUGUCUCUCUCUAGCUCUCCCUUUUAUCCUUUUGAGCUUUGGGUAUUUUUAAUCUUGGGAUCUGAUUUUGUCCCCAUAUUGGGAGGAUCGAUUAUCUUUCUCCCCACCUCCGGCCUCUGCCUCUGCCUCUCCUCCCCUGUGCUCUCUCUAUCUUUAUCUCUCUCUGUCCAGAGCCUGGAGAGAGGAGAUCAGCUUUUGGAUGCAAAAUCUUCUUCCCUUCCCUUGCCCUGCCCCCCAUGAGGAGCACACCCUCUCAGAUUGAUUGAUCAGGAAGCUGCACCUCACCUCGCACCACGCGCUAGUCCAAGCAUCUUUGAGCAAUCAUAUAUUGGGUUUUACAAGAAACUGUAAGUGGAAGAUUUUAAUCUGGUCAACACUGAACUUGUGCUGAAACCUGACCGAGUUUCGUUCAAAGAAAGCUGGUUCUGCCUACCAUCUAUGCUUGACAGCAAUUUCGGCCAGCACAUAAUCAGAGCUUGAGAUGGCCACUUACUACUCGAGCCCCGGUAACGAAAGAGAGUCACACGACAUGUACUCCAGAGAUCCAGGCAGUUCAUCGUACCCGAUGUCGUCGGCUCUAGGAAACUUGCUCUAUCUGAACAACCAGUCUCCCGGGCCAUACACAGAGUUCAGCGGCAUCCUGCAGUCUCAGCAGAAUUGCAUGGAGAUGCCUGGCCAUGGUCACCAUUCUGCAAUGUCCCACGACUCAUCAGCAAGGGAGUCCGACAUGCUCGCUUCACACCUAGGGCAACGCUCGUUCGGUCAUGUGAAGGAUAUGAAGAAUGAGAUGCUGAUGCAUAUGAUGGAUGGAGCACAAGGUGGUGGCGCUGAGUUAAUCCAUGAUGGUGGCCACAACGGUGCGCAGUUUGAGUUUGGUGUUAUGAACAACCACAACUCGCCAAAUGUUCCAUCAGGGCAAGGCCAGGGGCUGUCUCUGAGCCUCAACACACAGAUACUGGCGCCUUCCUUGCCUUACUGGUCCAUCAAACCGGACAUGUUGACGCCAAGUUCUUACCACGACAGCCUCAGAGUCGACGACAUCCGGAUGAAGAACAUGCAGUCCGAAGCCUCGCGCGCGAUCCGGCACUCAAGGUAUCUGAAGGCGGCACAAGAAGUACUAGAUGAGGUUGUUAAUGUUUGGAAGAAUAUAAAACAGAAGGCUCAGAAAGAGCAGGCUGAAACAGGGAAAACAGAUGGCAAAGAGGCCGAUGGAGGGCCAAAAAGCGAGGACCAGCAAGAGUCCGGCGCAAAUGCUGUACCUGAGCUUUCCACUGCUGAGAAGCAAGAACUUCAGAACAAGAUGGCCAAACUGAUGGCAAUGUUGGAUGAGGUGGACCGGAAAUACAAGCACUAUUACCACCAAAUGCAAAAUGUGGUUUCAUCUUUUGAUGUGGUGGCUGGGCCUGGAUCUGCAAAGCCGUACACUGCAGUUGCUCUUCAGACAAUCUCGCGGCACUUCCGGUGCUUGAAGGAUGCCAUCAAUGAUCAGAUUAAUGUUAUCAGGAAGAAGCUUGGUGAGGAAGAGAAUUCAUCUGGCAAGGAAGGCAAAUUAACCCGUCUCAGGUACAUCGAUCAGCAGCUGAGGCAGCAGCGAGCUUUCCAACAGUAUGGCAUGAUUCCGCAAAACGCAUGGAGACCGCAAAGAGGACUGCCUGAAAACUCGGUUACGGUUCUCCGUGCUUGGCUUUUCGAACACUUCCUUCACCCGUACCCAAAAGAUUCAGAAAAGUUGAUGCUAGCGAGGCAGACAGGCUUGACAAGGAGCCAGAUUUCGAACUGGUUCAUCAAUGCUCGUGUCCGGCUUUGGAAACCAAUGAUCGAAGACAUGUACAAAGAAGAGACUGGUGAUUUGGAGCAAGAGUCCAACUCUUCCUCCGACAACGUACCAAGAAGCAAGAACAAGGUGGCAUCUUCAGAAGAAAACGAGGAUCUGAAGAGUGCCAGGAUUCGGGUCUGCGAAACCAGCCAGCUAAGCGACUCCAGGGCCAGCAUCGGGACCAUGAACGUCGUUGGGGCGCCUGUCGGCUUCCACAAUGAGGCCAACCAUGACGACAGUUUCAUGAACCUGAUGAUGAAGGAGCAGCGAUCCAGUGAGGCGGACGGAGACCUCCUCCUCCAUAGUACCGUCUCACAGCACUCAGACGAGAACGCGCGGUUCAUGGCCUACCACCUGGCUGGGCUUGGGAGGUACGGGAACGGCAACGUUUCGCUGACGCUGGGAUUGCAGCACCCCGGCAGUGGCCUCUCGGUUCCGAAUGCCCAGACGAACUUCCCCGGUGUCGGCGAUGAUGACAUAUACAACACCGGUGCGCCUCUCGGUGUCAGCAUCGCGUCUUCGGACUAUGAAUCUAUGAACCAGAUGGACCAACGGCAGCGGUUCGAGCAGUCGCCUUUGCUGCAUGAUUUUGUGGCCUAGAUGAUGAUGAUACAUCAGGAAAGGACCAUUGACACAAGAAUUGUAAACUCCUAGUGGCAGAAGAAUAACAUGCCUGAAAGAGCAUGGGAUUGUAGCUUGUAGUUGCCAUUUGAUACAGGAGAGGUAUAGCAGGGGCUGUAAUAUAAAGCAUAGCUGGUGGGGGUGAUAGGGGUAAAGAAAUCUUUUGUAAAGAUGAAAAAAUGGAAUUGCUAUACGUGUAAAAGCUUGUGAUUUGAGCAACAGUAUUGUAAAGUAAUGGCCACUUUUAGGGAUGCGCUAGAAAUAGUGUACAUUGUACAUGAUGGCUAUUUUUUU